CACAUUUACCAGCUGCAUUUCAUUUGUUUGAUUUUUUCUGAAUUCACUGGUGAAAUAUAGUCUAAAAAUCAGUAAAAUAUUUGUGCAGUGCAAUAAGUGCCAAGUUUUUCAAUCGUCAUCAUAUUAAAGUUCUACUUGUACUGUACUGCUUGUACUAUACUAAUUUGUUCACAGUUGAAGAGUGAAUACUUACACACUUUAUCGGAGAAAACAAAAUAUGUAUCAAAGCUUAGAACUACAUGAACCAACAAACCAAGAAUCAAAUGAAGAGUCCAAUCCUAAGCUUGAGUUAGCACUGAUUAUUCUGUCUUACAUCUUUGUCAUUUUAACAUUUCCUUUGGCAGUCUUAUGUGUAUUUCAGGUAGUAGCAGAGUACGAGAGAGCGAUAAUAUUCAGAUUAGGGAAGAUGAGAGAAGAAGGUGUAAUAGGGCCUGGCUUAUGUUUUGUCCUGCCUUGCGUAGACAGUGUAGUAAUAGUUGAUCUACGCACUGUGUCAAUGAAUAUACCUGAACAGGAGGUCAUAACUAGAGAUUCGUGCAGUGUAUCAGUUGGUGCUGUUGUUAUUUACCAUAUUGAACAUCCUCUUUUUGCCACGCUUCGUGUUAUAAAUUACAAUGAUGCAACCCAUCAGUUAGCUGCAUCGACUUUACGUACUGUCCUUGGGCAGAAAUCGUUGUCAGAUAUUAUGACACAUCGGGAGUCAAUAGCAAAGACAAUGAAAGAGUUUUUGGACAGAGCAACUGACCCUUGGGGAAUCAAAGUGGAACGAGUUGAAAUAAAAGAGAUACGACUACCGCCUCAAAUGCAGAAAGCAAUGGCUGCAGAAGCAGAAGCUGAGAGGGAAGCAAAAGCCAAACUCAUCACUGCAGAAGGUGAAAUACUUUCAGCACAAAAACUGAAAGAGGCUUCGUACGAUCUUGAGAAUGACCCAAUCGCUGUUCAACUUCGGUAUCUGGAAUCCCUCAAUAGUAUGAUUGGUGAAAAUAAACAAACAGUAGUUUUUCCAGUUGAUUUGUUUCAACCAUUGUUAAAAUAACAAAAAUGAUUUCACUGCCAAUGCCUUGUAACGUUCUCAUUGUAAUACUUUUUAAAAUUUAAUUAUACUGUUGAACACAAUCAAUCAUAAAAUCAUAAAAAGUAUACAAAUAAAUGAGACAUAUAAAAAAUGUCUUAAAAUGAAAAGAAAAUUUUGAUGGAUCCUUUCAAAUAAAAAUAACAAAAACUGUUCGGAAUAAUAAAAACCCUAAAAGUAAUAGUGAGGUGUUACUAUUGUAUUCAGCUGGAGAGAUCCAUGCACUAGAACUCUAUGAACAAGAAAUAAUAAAAAAAGGAUUAAAAAGUCCACAUUCAAACAUAUUCUCGGAGUAAGGAAUACUUUAAUUAAUAACUUCUCUUCACCUUCAUUUCAAAGCUGAUCUGGGAAUGACUAACAUAUUUCUAAUUUUUGGGGAAAAUAUAAUUGAUUAAUUCUGAUGUGAGCGCCAGGUCACGAGGGGAAGGAAACGAACUCUGACAAACUAGCAUAAACAGGUCUCACACCCUUUGUCCAGAAUCCCAAAUUGGCAUACCCCAAAACACCAAAGUGGAUUCAGACAAAUGGAUGAAAUUACCACACACUAGAUGGAUUCACUAGGGGCAAAAGAAAUCAAAGAAAUCCCUUGACAUCACAAUCAGGAAAAUGAAAAUGAGGCUAUUGUCACCAAUAACGCUGGAAAAAAAUGUUUUACUGUCUGUAAUCCAAACAUAUCUGAAGUCAGUGAUAAAAUGUAGACAG